AUGAUGCAAGGUAAUAUAUGGAUAUCUCCGAACACCCUUGGUUUGGUGCAAGGCAUGACACUUCUCAAGUUUCAGAUAAGACCAUCUCUUGAAAAAUCCAUAUUUGCACCUAAAGAUUAUUCGAGUUCACAGUUCAGAGGCCUUAAGGUUGUGUUAGCCAAGGAUGAUGGUAUAAACAGGACCGUGACCAAGAAGCUACUUGAGAAGCUUGGUUUUCAUGUAAUUGUUGUUUCAUCAGGAUUUGAGUGCCUGAGUGCUAUCAGUGGUGCUGGUAACUCAUUCAGAAUUAUCUUGUUGGAUCUUCAUGUGACACCCUUUACCCCGACAUAUAUAUAA